CUGAGUCGGUAGUUGGACCAAUUAAUAAAGCAUCAGAUACAGCAUUAAGAGAAGGACACUCAGAGUUUGUUGGGCCAACGAGGUUAGUUGCAGGAGUAUCACCUAGUAUUCCUCCACAUAUACCUCCAAAUGCCCCAGUUCUACUGGAACCAGUAGUAAUGCAGAAGAAA